AUGAUUUCCAAAGAGUGUGAUAUAAUCAACAUCAAAACUUGCGGCGCCCAGGACGAGGAGCUGGAGCUCGGCCCCGCGGAGCUGCUGCAGCGGGACGUGCUGCUGUCGGAGCUGCGCGGCUGCCGGGUGCGGCUCCGCGGCAACCCCAACACGCUGCGGGUGCGCGACUGCCGCGGCUGCACCGUGCUCUGCGGGCCCGUGUCCACCUCCGUGCUGGUGGACGGCUGCAGCGACUGCCUGCUGGCGCUGGCCUGCCAGCAGCUCCGCACCCACCGCACCCGCGACUGCCGGGUCUACGUGCAAGUCACCAGCCGGGCCGUCAUCGAGGCCUGCUCUGAGGUCUCCUUCGCCCCCUACUCCUGGAGCUACCCUGGUAUCGAGCGAGAUUUCGAGUCGUCUGGGCUGGACAAAAACAGUAACAACUGGAACCUGGUGGAUGACUUUGACUGGUUGGCGACUGACAGACCUUCACCCAACUGGAGCCUGAUCCCCGAGCAGGAAAGAAUCACUUGCUGGGACUGACUGCGGAGGCAGCUCUGCUGUGCGAGAGAUGCUCAUGUAAACGCACUGAUAAACUGUAAACUGUGGGACUUAAUCCCCAAUAUGCCAUUAAAUGAUUCCAUUCGGUAUUCAGAUUUUGAAUUAUAUAUGGCUGAAUUUCUUAAACGGAGAAUACUAGUCAAAUAGAGUUUGCUGUUCUUGCACAGGUUGCUGCUAUAAUCUGUAUGUCUCACUGUGGGAUUUGCCAAUUUCUGAAGUACCUCAUUGUGAGUUUUGACUUACAAAGGUGGGGCAAAGGCCACUGAUACACAAACAGUAGUGUAACAGCCUCUGUUAGAGCUGUUUUCACUCACCCAGGCAGACACUGAAUUGGCUGCAAGUAGUGCAAACUGCACUGGAAUGAAAAGAUCAAAUACCAAAUUUUCCAUGUAUUUGUGGCUCUUACGUUGCUGACGGCAGCACAGUGCUUCUUAGGGGGAGUGGAGAGCAGUACUGCUGUGAGGAAAUAGGGCAGAAAAAGGUUCAUUUAAAGGAAGAGUUUGUAACUUCACAGUGCAGCAGACUGAGAUGCAUCCUAGGCUAUGAUACAAUGAUGAGCCAGUUUCUGUUGAUUCUGGUUAAAUCCGUAAGUUGGCUUUAGGCUUUUAUUUCAAGUGAGAUAAGGCUGAAAGAAAAAGGUGUUCUAAUAAAUAUCUCAUGCUCUCCUAAUAUACUGAUUACUUGAAAUUAAGAGACCUCUGGAGUCUGUAUAAAUACUAAAGCCUCACAAUCUGUAAGUGCUAUGUGAAAGGAUGCUGCUUCUAUAAGAAUCUUGGGGGCAUCCAGCAAGUGCUGAUGAACACUGGUUGGUGAGACUGGGUUAUCUGUUCCUCUGCAAGCUGAAGCUUCAGGGGAGAGGUGUUCAGGGAUGUCCCACUGGUUUUCCAGACAACGGGCUUCGUGUGCUGUGAUCCUAAUUUGCAGCACUCUGCUGCUGCUUAAGUGCAGUGUUGAUGGAGAGAGUCAGUAAAACUGAAAGAUGAGGUACUAUAUUCCAAUUCCAAAUUUGCAUGUUAUCUUGCAUAAAGUGCAGAAUAAUUUAAGUCUCUUCACUCCUGCUAAAUAAUAAUAAAAAAGUAGCAGCACUGUAGAAUGAAGUAUCUUUACAGUGCCCUACAGUGGUGCUGAAGUGACCACUGUCCAUAUAUAAGGUAUACAUAGCAGUUUUAUGUUUCUAAAACCCCUCCUUAACUUGUGACAUUUUUCAAUAAAUAAUUGUUUAUCUUGCCUUAGCAUAAAGCUUUAUUUUAAAACUUCAAAUUGUUUAUGCUGUGUAGCCAUCAUCUAUGUGCCUCUAACAGACACCAAAUCCUAGCUGAACCAUCAAAAACUGCACCACUGCCAGAAGUACCUGAAACUUCACUUAGGUGCUUGACAGGUUUUGAGCAGAAAAUGUUUUUCUGUAAGUUGUUUUCAGCGUAUUUAAUUUAAAGGUGGGGGGCAAAAGGGAAUUUUUUUUUUAUAUUCCUGACAACUUUGAGUUUUGUUUACUUCUUUUAAUGUAUAUUUUUUGACUGAAUUGGAUUUUGCAUUUCAAAUACAUUUGUUUUGAAUUA